CCAGCAUCCAGGAUGUCCACACAGAGCACGUACCCGCUGGAGCCCGAGGCCUCGCAGCUGCAGCCGGAGACCCCAAAGGCCCCAGGCCACCAGCGGCGUCAUACGCUUCCCGCCAACGAGUUCCGCUGCCUCACCCCGGAGGAUGCUGCCAGCGUGUUUGAGAUUGAGCGUGAAGCCUUCAUCUCUGUCCUGGGCAUCUGCCCCUUGUAUCUGGAGGAGAUCAAGCACUUCCUGACCCUGUGUCCAGAGCUGUCCAUGGGCUGGUUCCAGGAGGGCCGCCUUGUGGCUUUCAUCAUCGGCUCGCUUUGGGACCAGGAGAGACUCACUCAGGAGUCGAUGACGCUGCACCGGCCCGGGGGCCACACCGCCCACCUACGCGCCCUGGCCGUGCACCACACUUUCCGGGGACAAGGCAAGGGCUCCAUCCUGAUGUGGCGGUUCCUGCACCACCUGGGGAGGCAGCCAGCAGUGCGCCGGGCCGUGCUCAUGUGUGAGGAUGCGCUGGUGCCCUUCUACCAGAAAUUCGGCUUCCGCCUCGUGGGCCCAUGCGCCAUCACCCUGGGCUCGCUCACCUUCAAUGAGCUGCAGCGCUCCAUGUGGGACCAUGCCUCCCGGCGUAGGAACAGCGGCUCCUGAUGUCACUGCUCCCCGCACCCCCCCCCCAACCUGGGGGCUCCCACCCGGCCCCAAUUUCCCGUUCUCUCCCCAACCCAGCUGCCCAGCAAGCUUCGGUGAUACACUUCCCAGCCUAUCCUUGUGAGGCU